AUGGCCGAUUUCAUCACUCUUCUCAAUGGGUACUGUGGUUUCAACAGUAUCGUGUCGUCAAUUCGCUAUGUGAUGUCCGACUAUACCCAGACCCAUUACCUACUGCGAGCCAUGGCGUUUGUUCCAUUGGGUCUUUUCUUUGAUUUUAUGGACGGCCGAGUGGCUCGUUGGAGAAACAAGAGCAGUCUGAUGGGCCAGGAGCUCGAUUCGCUGGCUGAUCUGGUGUCGUUUGGCGUUGCUCCUGCCAUUAUUGCGUUCACCAUUGGGUUCCAAACCACUGUCGACACCGUUCUGCUGACGGUAUUUGUAUUGUGCGGCCUGACUCGUCUGGCCCGGUUCAACGUCACGGUAUCCCAUAUUCCCAAAGACAGCAAAGGCAAAUCCAAGUACUUCGAGGGCACACCCAUCCCCACGACCCUGGCGCUCGUGACGGUGAUGCUGUUCUGGUACAGCCGCGACAUGAUCCACGACAACCUGCCCUUCAGCACCGCGUUCCCCAACACCCUCAUCGAGUUCCACCCGGCCAUCCUGCUCUUCGUGCUCAGCGGCAGCGCCAUGAUCUCCAAGAGCCUCAAGAUCCCCAAAAUCUAA